AUGGCCGUGUGUCCGAACUACAACGCACCAGCUGCAGCCGUGGCCAACGACUCGGUGGCAGCAUCAUCCGCGGCUCCCUGGACCGAAGCACAAGCGGCCACAGAUGAGCGUGCCGUGGCGCAGCUGAAGGAGGAUAUCGCGCUGCUAAAGUUCAUCGCCUACGGCGUCAUCUCGUUUGUGAUAAUCGCGCUGGGAAUCAUCGGCAACUUGAUCAACCUGGUGGUGCUGACGCGGCCCAACCUGAAGGGCGUCACCUUCGUCUACCUCACGUGGCUGGCCACGUCUGACCUGCUGACGCUGGUGGUGGCCGUUUUCUCCAUGUUGCGGCUGCAUGGCAUCCAGCCGCGCUCCUACCCAGCCGCUUUCUACUACGCGCACGUAGAGAUGCCUCUCGUCAACGCUCUGAUGGCCAGCAGUGUUUUCAUUGUGCUGGCUGUCACUAUGGACCGAUACUGGUCUGUGUGCCGACCGACACGCUACCGCGAGUUCCACAACGCACGACGCGCCAAGCUCGCCAUCUUGAGCGCCUUCGCGGGCGCCGCAUUGCUCUACAUACCCGUCGCUUUCCAAAAGAUACCGGUGCCCUUUUGGGACGAGCAGCUGAACAUGACCCAGUACAUGCCAUGCGACAACGUGGCUGUCACGGAGAAAUGGGUUUUCAAAGCCUAUCUGUUUUUCAAAGAGGUGCUGGUGCGCCUCGGACCUGUGAUCGUGGUCUCAACACUCAAUACCACAAUCAUCAUCACCUUCCGUAAGGUGAUGCGUAAGCGGCAUCUACUCACGAACAGCACCACCCGCGAUUCAGGAAAGUUCCUGGAAGAGAAGCGACUCGUCAUGCUGCUCGCCGCCAUCGUUAUCAUGUUCUGCGUCUGCAUGACCCCUGCCGCUAUUCUCACCAUGCUUAUCAGCGAUGAUAAGGAGCUCAAUUACGGAUUCCAACUCUUCAGGGCAUUCGCAAACGACAUGGAGAUGGCUAAUUUUGCCAUGAACUUUUACGUUUACUGUUUGUGCAGCACCGAGAUUCGGGAGACUUUCUUCCGCUUAUUUCGUUUCUCGAGGCCACCUUCGACAGACGUCAGUUACGUCAUCAGCAGCAAAACAGCUGUGGACGGCAGCACGAGGCUGUAAACGACCCACUGUGACAGA